AUGUAUUUAGAAAAAAAUCUUUUUUUAAAUUUUACUUCAAAUCCAGAUUUAUAUAAAAGAUUUAUUAAGGAUAAUGAAACAAAAGAAGUAGUGUUUAAUAAUAUUAAAAAAUUUUUUGAAACAGAGUUCAAAAAAUUUAAAGUUUUUAUUUGUCCAGAAACACCUAAAAAUUUUAAUGAAUAUAUAGAUUUUAAAAUAGAACUUUCUAAGAAAAUAGAUCUCUUGAUACAUGCUAUUGGUAAUAUUUUCAUAACAUUUAUAGAAAAAGAAGAGAAAUUUAAGGAAGAAGAUAAAAAUUUAAAGAAUUCAGAUCUUUUUAAAAAUAAAAAUGCUUUAAAGUUAAAAUAUCCAAUUAAGAGUUUUAAUCUAGAUGAUAUUAGAAAUAAUUUAAAUUGUAAAGAUAAUGAUUUAUUUAAUAUUUGUUUUAAAAAUGGUUUGGAUGAAGAAAAAUUGAAUGAGUAUGAGAAAAAAGAAGAUAAAAUUAGGGAAAAAUUAAAAAGUAAUUAA